CUCUAAACACUAAAAUUACACUACUACCCUUAACUAAAAUUACACUACUAGGACCCAUAUUGACAGACUGCCAGUCAUCACUUCCUUAACUAAAAACAUCUUGCCACCGGCAUUUCCCGGUCACUUAUUACCGCUUCUCCUGUUUCCGUUGAGCCCUUUCAUUAGAACUACUACUAUAUACGACGCUCGCUCUCUCUCUCUCUCUCUCUCAUCCUCCGUCGGUGUACUGUGCGAGAGAGAAAGAGAGAGGUGAUUAGGAACAUCUCUUCGGUUGCCUAAAACAUCAUUUCCAACUCUGUCUUCUCUAUACAGAGAUGGCUACUGAAGAAGGUGAUUUCUCUCGCAGAGAUGUUGAAUUGAACGAAGAAAUGGUUGAGAUGCUCUCUGUGAAGAGACGUUGCUGUUUCUGCAUACCGUGCUUCGGUUCCGAUCGAUCGCGAACCGUCGGAUUGAACUGGUGGCAGAAGGUACGGACGGCGGACGACGAGAAGGGGUGGUGGACCCGGGGGAUCAGCGCCGUGAAGAAGAUUCGACAGUGGUCGGAGAUCGUCGCCGGACCCAAGUGGAAGACCUUCAUACGGCGGUUCAAUCGGAGUAAAAGCGGCGGAAGUAGGAACGCGAAAUUCCAGUACGAUCCUCUGAGUUACUCGCUUAAUUUCGACGAAGGACCGGGGCAGAACGGCAAUUCCGUGGAUGAGGAGGUGUACGGGUUCCGCAAUUUCUCGUCACGGUUCGCUUCGGUUCCGAUGUCGGCCAAGUCGUCUAUGGACCUCGGCAAGGAAGCGCCGGCGUUUUCGUGAAGCGGAGCCGCUAAUUUUCGCCGGUGUGCGAACUGGUGGCGAACUGGUGGCGGUUUUGGGAUGUUGAGGUUUGACUCGAUUGAGGAAUGUGCUUUAUGAGGUGGAGGUUGACCGACCACGUGUGGAUUCGCACUAUCACCGUUCAAUAUUCAUCAUGAUUUAGGAGAUGUCAUCUAUUUUAUUUUUUAUUAUUAUUAUUUAUUUAUUUUUGGUUUUUGAUAUAAUUUUUUUUUGGAAAUAUUUAGAAGUGGUUGUUUGUGCAUAAAUAAAGAUUGUGAAACAUGAGGGCGUUAGCUUUGUAGGUUGGUUAGGGUUAGCUUUGUAGGUUGGUUUACAUUUUUUUAAAGAUGUUACUUGUUGGUUGUGUAAUAAAAUAAAAGGGUAUUGUAUGUAAUUUUCAUGAAAUAGACUAAUGGUGCAAAUUUUUUUCAUGUUAAA